GCAGGGCCCCGGGCCGAGCAUUCUCUACCUUCCGAGCGGUCGCUCCUGCUGUGGCUGCCGGGGCUUGGUACUUCAAAGCGUGGUGGAUCCGGUGGCUCAGAGAACCAUUCUGACCACUGCUUCGGCCAUCAUAGGAGGAGUUGCAAGAUCCCACCUGCCAGGUGAAGGGCAGACCAGUGAUUUUUGACCUGUACCUGCUGGUCCUUCUGACUUACAGAGGUCCAGGAUGGGUGAGUUCAAUGAGAAGAAGGCCACAUGUGGCACGGUCUGCCUCAAGUAUCUGCUGUUUACCUACAACUGCUGCUUCUGGCUGGCUGGCCUGGCUGUCAUGGCAGUAGGCAUUUGGACGCUGGCCCUCAAGAGUGACUACAUUAGUCUGCUGGCUUCAAGCACCUACCUAGCCACAGCCUACAUCUUAGUGGUGGCUGGGGUUGUUGUCAUGGUGACCGGAGUCCUGGGCUGCUGUGCCACUUUCAAGGAGCGACGGAACCUCUUACGCUUGUACUUCAUCCUGCUCCUCUUCAUCUUCCUACUGGAGAUCAUUGCUGGCAUCCUGGCCUAUGUCUAUUACCAGCAGCUGAACACAGAGCUCAAGGAGAACCUGAAGGACACCAUGAUCAAGAGAUACCACCAGGCAGGCCAUGAGGGUGUGACUAGUGCUGUAGACAAGCUGCAGCAGGAGUUCCACUGCUGUGGCAGCAACAACUCUCAAGACUGGCGAGACAGUGAGUGGAUCCGCUCUGGUGAGGCGGACAGUCGUGUGGUUCCCGACAGCUGCUGUAAGACUGUGGUACCUGGCUGUGGCAGGCGGGACCAUGCCUCCAACAUCUAUAAGGUGGAGGGUGGCUGUAUCACCAAGCUGGAGACCUUCAUUCAGGAGCACCUGCGUGUCAUCGGGGCCGUGGGCAUCGGCAUCGCCUGUGUGCAGGUCUUCGGCAUGAUCUUCACCUGCUGCUUGUACAGAAGCCUCAAGUUGGAGCACUACUGACCCUGGUGCUGGGCCGGGCUGCCAGCCUUGCACUGUGUCCUACCCCUCCACUACUAAGUACUACUGAGUUAGACUGUGGACCGCCAGAGGUAGCUGUCCUCAUGCCGUCACCGUGACCCCUGGCGACUCCACCUCAGGGGCAGCUUCAAGUGCCUUCCACUGCAUACCAAAGUCCCAAGGCUGGAGGCAGUGUCCUUGCCCCAGCGUAAGAAGACACGGCAGGUAUGCCAGUGUUGGGCCAGGCCUGGCUGGUAGAAUAGGUAGGGUUUAGAUUAUUUGACAAAAGCAAGUGCCUCCUGCCCACAGGCUGCUUCCCUGCAGUAAGUUUGGGGAGAACCUGGGUAUGCCACCUACACAGUGGGUGUGAGCAGGUGGGAAGGUAGGGUAGGCACCUUUCACGCCUGCUGCUGGGAACCCUCAGAUCUGCUUGCCCUAAACAAAUGGGGGAAGCUGGGAGGAACUCUAGCUCCACACUGGCCUCUCUUGCUCCUAACAGCCUCCGCUCUGGCUUUUCACUACUGAUAACACUACUGAUACCAUGCAGAUGCUCCACCUUCCCGAAUGGGGCAUGGUUGUUUUCAUCCACUGUGUGCUGUAUCCCAGACACCCACAAAUGCUCCUAUGUAACAGGUGCUCAAUAAAUGUGUAAACAGUG